GGGAUUGGUUCUGGGAUCAGUGAACGGUGACAGCCCACAGCUCCGUGUCCCAGGGUUGGGAAUACAGACCAGGAUUGGAUCUAGUCUCAGUGAACAGCUGCUCUCCAUCCCUGUGCCGGACUCAAACUCCUCGGACAACUUCUGGCCAGACACCGAUGAUACAUGGACGGCUUGGAUUAUGACUGGAAGAGGACAUAGCACGGACCAAUCAGCGCGCACUCCGGGGAUGAACCUGCCCGGCGCCGCACAGAGUCCGCAGGUCGUCCGGGAGCGGAGCGGAUUGGGAUCGCACCGUGCACUGACGGAGGGCGCGGAACAGCCCUGAUAGGGAGAGAGUAACGAUGCUGGGUCUAAUACAGCUGGUCCUCCUGUGUGGGGGGGUCUCCGCAGGCUCUCACUCUCUCCGUUAUUUCUACAUGGCGGUGACCCCGGUGCCAGGGGUCCCCGAGUUUGUGACGGUCGGUUAUGUGGAUGAGGAGCCGAUCGUUUACUACGACAGUGAGUUGGGGAGGAAGGUGCCCCGUCAGCGGUGGAUGGAGGAGAGUCAGGGCCCCAAGUACUGGGAGCGGGAGACACAGAUCUCUCGGAGCAACGAGCAGGUGUACAAGGUGAACAUCCAGAUCCUGCAGGAGCGGACCAACCAGACCGGGGGCAUCCACACGUUGCAGAAGAUGUUCGGCUGUGAGCUCCGUGAGGACGGCUCCACCGCCGGGUUCUUCCAGUACGGCUGGGAUGGGAUGGACUUCCUCAGCUUCGACAAGGAGCAGGGGGUGUGGGUGACCCCCGUGCCCUGGGGGCUCCUCACCAAGGUGAAGUGGGACCGGGACACGGCCUGGAACCAGCAGGUGAAGGGGUACCUGGAGCAGACCUGCAUCGAGUGGCUGCAGAAAUACGUCCGGGCCGGGGAGAGAGACCUCCAGCCAGAUCGCCCCGAAGUGUAUUUCACCACCUCCCGCAACAACCACCGCCUCACCUGUAUGGCCACCGGCUUCUACCCACAGUCCAUCGAGGUAACUCUGCUGCGGGACGGCCAGGUCCUAGAGGAGACCAGUUCCCACGGGAUCCUGCCCAAUCACGACGGCACCUACCUGCUGACCAGGAGCGUGCAGGUGGACCCCACAGACACGGCCGUGUUCACCUGUCGUGUGGAGCACCAGGGUCUCCCCGAGCCCCUCAUCCUGCUGCGCGAUCUCCCCGAGCCCAUCCCCCAGCUCCACGGCUCUCACUCUCUCCGUUAUUUCUACACGGGGGUGACCCCGGUGCCGGGGGUUCCUGAGUUUGUGACGGUCGGUUAUGUGGACGAGGAACCGAUCGUUUACUACGACAGUGAGUUGGGGAGGAAGGUGCCCCGUCAGCGGUGGAUGGAGGAGAGUCAGGGCCCCGAGUACUGGGAGCGGGAGACACAGAUCUCUCGGAGCAACGAGCAGGUGUACAAGGGCAACAUCCAGAUCCUGCAGGAGCGGACCAACCAGACCGGGGGCAUCCACACGUUGCAGAAGAUGUUCGGCUGUGAGCUCCGUGAGGACGGCUCCACCGCCGGGUUCUUCCAGUACGGCUGGGAUGGGACGGACUUCCUCAGCUUUGACAAGGAGCAGGGGGUGUGGGUGACCCCUGUGCCCUGGGGGCUCCUCACCAAGGUGAAGUGGGACCGGGACACGGCCUGGAACCAGCAGGUGAAGGGGUACCUGGAGCAGACCUGCAUCGAGUGGCUGCAGAAAUACGUCCGGGCCGGGGAGAGAGACCUCCAGCCAGAUCGCCCCGAAGUGUCCUUCACCUCCUCCCGCGACAACAGCCGCCUCUCCUGUGUGGCCACUGGCUUCUAUCCGCAGUCCAUCGAGGUGACUCUGCUGCAGGAUGGCCUGAUCCUGGAGGAUACCAGUUCCCAUGGGAUCCUGCCCAAUCACGACGGCACCUACCAGCUGACCAGGAGCGUGAAGGUGGACUCCACAGACACGGCCCAGUUCUCCUGUCUUGUGGAGCACCAGGGUCUCCCCGAGCCCCUCAUUCUGCACCACGCGACUGAUAAAGGGGAAUCCUCCUCCAGCUCCUCUGCCACGGCCUGAGGACCCUCCACAGGAGAUUCGAGCGACAGCGGGACGUUGAUGAAGAAGUCUCGUGGUGGGGGCGGGGGUGAGUUUGGGGGCAGAACAUAAUCCUGGGGCUCUGGGUGAUGAACCUGUUGUUCUACUGCGAUCCUAUGAUUUGGGCUUUUAUCUUUGUGUUUGGGGAUACUGACAAUUUGCUGGUUUUACUGCAGGAGCCGGACUGUAAUGUUGCUUUUCAAAAAUUAUAUGGCUUUAAUCGUAGUUGGAGUGAAGUGAAGGGGUUUAUUGAGGAACAGCCCUGGUCAACACUUCGGCCCUGGUCAACACCUCGCACCCGGUCAACAUCUGGUCAGACUCACAGUUGGAUGAAUGGGAGAUCUACUCAUUCAGUCAAGUUUCCCCUUGUCCCAGAGCGGCUUCAGUCCCUGGUGGGGGUGGGAGGGGAGUGGACGGAGGGGACACUGUGACCCAUGGGCUGUAGGAGGUGG